AUGAAUAAAGAAGAAAAUAAAAACAUAGAAGAAGUCUUUAGUAAUUAAAAUUUAAACAGAAAUUCUUAAUCUCAAUACAAUUCAACUUAGCCUUCUUAAAAUUGUGAUAGCCAGUCUCUAAACUUGUGCAUUUUUAGUCCUUAAAAUCAAUUUAAAUCGUAGUUGACAUAGCAUGAUUUUUUAAAGCAAUAGUGUAAUGAACAAUUAUCUUAAAAUAGCUAGAGACAAUCAGAAAGACUUCCUAUUAUAAACUCUGCACCAGACAUUGCUGAUAACAAUAUUUAGAUAAAGAAAAAAAAUAUGCCAACUAUUUACUCAGAACAAGCAAUAAAAAUUGAAGUGCCGUCCGAAUGGCUCUAAAAAAAUAAAUAGUAAUAUGAAAUAGCAAAUUAAGAAAAAAAAAUAUAAAUGAACAACUUUAAAAAUAAAUGUGAAAAAAGUUCACAAAUAAAUGAAAUAGAAGAGAGAAAUAAGAAUAUCAAAAUAUAAAUAAUUUAGUUUGGCUGGAAGAGAUGCUUUUCAUUGAUAUUGAUGCUUGGAAGCUCAAUUUACACUUAUUUAUGGUUUUUUUACGUAGUAGGAUUUAUAAAUUAGUCAAAGAACAUCAAGUUAAGAGUGAUGAAUAAAAAUAGUCUAUCUGAUACUUAUUUAGUUUACAUUCCUGUUAUACUCUUACCCUUCAAAAAAUAUAAAUUGAAUUAUAAACAAAAAACUCUGUACAUGAAAUGA